GCUGCGCGGGUCGUGUUCGAGGAGGGAGGAGCCGUCGCCCUGUGUCCCUUCCCCACCUGUGCGGAUUUUCGAGUCUUUUGUUAUCCUUUUUUUUUAGGUUUUCGUUUUUUAUGAGACUUGAAAGAUAUAUUGGUUCGGAAUUGCGUGAAAAUGGUUUUCGAGAUACUGUGUGCUGGUGGAGGUUCAAGCCCUGUUAAUGGUUCGAAAAACGGUUCUAUUUAACACAGCUUCGGACUGCUGAUCCAAGGCGCUGUGCACAUGACAGACAGAAAAAAAAGGUUUUGUUUAAUUCAAUUAUCGAUGAUGAGUGGAAAAAUGUUGAAUCAAUAAACAUCUUUCAAACUGUGCCACCAUGAAGCACCCUUAACACGCCCUCACCAUACCUCCCCGACGCUAUGGUGACUCUGAGCUAAGACAGAGAACAGAGAACACUAAACCAUGGACGGAGAGAACAGAAUUAUCCUGAAUGUGGGAGGGAUAAGAUUCGAGACCUACAAAGCGACGUUGAAGAAGAUCCCGGCCACUCGCCUCUCUCGCUUAACCGAAGCCCUGGCCAACUAUGAUCCGAUUCUCAACGAGUACUUUUUCGACAGGCAUCCGGGCGUGUUUGCGCAGAUCCUCAAUUAUUAUAGGACCGGGAAACUGCACUACCCGACCAACGUCUGUGGUCCUUUGUUCGAGGAGGAGCUGGAGUUCUGGGGCCUCGACUCGAACCAGGUGGAACCCUGCUGCUGGAUGACCUACACGAUACACCGGGAUACACAGGUGAGUGUUGAG